AAGCGACGAUUGCACCAUCCACGGUUUGAAAAGGAAGUCCGGGGAGCGCAAGGAGGAAACUUUUACAUUCCAAAGGUUGAGCCCCAGCAUCCAUACUCGGCCCCUGCAGCGAUCCUUCCACUCCUGCUCGCUGGGUUCCGAUUCCUUCCCUUCCACCCCGUCUCGGCCCAACCCUAUGCUGGGCACUGGCCCUUUAAGGAGCUGUCACGGUGGCGUCGCUGGCCCCGCCCGGCGGGGAGGGCCGAGAGGCAGGGGAGGGGUUGCUGGUGGCUGCGGGCAUGGGGAAGGCGGGGGGGUUGGGGGGGUCUGGGUCUAUUUUUAGCUCCGGGUCGGGUCACGUGACGGGAGUGACGUCUCCGAAUGUUGUUGUUGGUGGCGGCGGCGAGCGGAGCCGGAGGAGCCGCCGCAAAGAUGGAGGAGCCGUCGAGGAGGUGCUGCCGCCGCUGCCGCCGCCGCUGCUGCCGCCGCCGCCCGCGAAGCCGGAGCUCGAGCCGCAGCGGGGAUGCCGUUCUGAGUGCCUGACUGCCUCGCCCCGAAGGAUGGCCUCUGAUGGGCAUUAGAGGCACGGCGGCCCCGGGCUCCCGUCCCGUCCGUCUGUCUGUUAUCGUCUGUCUCUCUUGACAUCACCGCAGCUCCACCCCCUCCCGUCCCAGCCCCCAACGCCAGCUUCCUGCAGGCCCAGAGCCGGCAUGAACUCUCCCAACGAGUCGGCAGAUGGGAUGUCAGGCCGGGAACCAUCCUUGGAAAUCCUGCCGCGGACUUCUCUGCACAGCAUCCCUGUGACAGUGGAGGUGAAGCCGGUGCUGCCAAGAGCCAUGCCCAGUUCCAUGGGGGGUGGGGGUGGAGGCAGCCCCAGCCCUGUGGAGCUACGGGGGGCUCUGGUGGGCUCUGUGGACCCCACACUGCGGGAGCAGCAACUGCAGCAGGAGCUCCUGGCGCUCAAGCAGCAGCAGCAGCUGCAGAAGCAGCUCCUGUUCGCUGAGUUCCAGAAACAGCAUGACCACCUGACAAGGCAGCAUGAAGUCCAGCUGCAGAAGCACCUCAAGCAGCAGCAGGAGAUGCUGGCAGCCAAGCAGCAGCAGGAGAUGCUGGCAGCCAAGCGGCAGCAGGAGCUGGAGCAGCAGCGGCAGCGGGAGCAGCAGCGGCAGGAAGAGCUGGAGAAGCAGCGGCUGGAGCAGCAGCUGCUCAUCCUGCGGAACAAGGAGAAGAGCAAAGAGAGUGCCAUUGCCAGCACCGAGGUAAAGCUGAGGCUCCAGGAAUUCCUCUUGUCGAAGUCAAAGGAGCCCACACCAGGCGGCCUCAACCAUUCCCUCCCACAGCACCCCAAAUGCUGGGGAGCCCACCAUGCUUCUUUGGACCAGAGUUCCCCUCCCCAGAGCGGCCCCCCUGGGACGCCUCCCUCCUACAAACUGCCUUUGCCUGGGCCCUACGACAGUCGAGACGACUUCCCCCUCCGCAAAACAGCCUCUGAACCCAACUUGAAAGUGCGUUCAAGGCUAAAACAGAAGGUGGCCGAGCGGAGAAGCAGUCCCCUCCUGCGUCGCAAGGAUGGGACUGUUAUUAGCACCUUUAAGAAGAGAGCUGUUGAGAUCACAGGUGCCGGGCCUGGGGCGUCGUCCGUGUGUAACAGCGCACCCGGCUCCGGCCCCAGCUCUCCUAACAGCUCCCACAGCACCAUCGCUGAGAAUGGCUUUACUGGCUCAGUCCCCAACAUCCCCACCGAGAUGCUCCCUCAGCACCGAGCCCUCCCUCUGGACAGCUCCCCCAACCAGUUCAGCCUCUACACGUCUCCUUCUCUGCCCAACAUCUCCCUAGGGCUGCAGGCCACGGUGACUGUCACCAACUCACACCUCACUGCCUCCCCGAAGCUGUCGACACAGCAGGAGGCCGAGAGGCAGGCCCUCCAGUCCCUGCGGCAGGGUGGCACGCUGACCGGCAAGUUCAUGAGCACAUCCUCUAUCCCUGGCUGCCUGCUGGGCGUGGCACUGGAGGGCGACGGGAGCCCCCACGGGCAUGCCUCCCUGCUGCAGCAUGUGCUGUUGCUGGAGCAGGCCCGGCAGCAGAGCACCCUCAUUGCUGUGCCACUCCACGGGCAGUCCCCACUAGUGACGGGUGAACGUGUGGCCACCAGCAUGCGGACGGUAGGCAAGCUCCCGCGGCAUCGGCCCCUGAGCCGCACUCAGUCCUCACCGCUGCCGCAGAGUCCCCAGGCCCUGCAGCAGCUGGUCAUGCAACAACAGCACCAGCAGUUCCUGGAGAAGCAGAAGCAGCAGCAGCUACAGCUGGGCAAGAUCCUCACCAAGACUGGGGAGCUGCCCAGGCAGCCCACCACCCACCCUGAGGAGACAGAGGAGGAGCUGACGGAGCAGCAGGAGGCCUUGCUGGGGGAGGGAGCCCUGACCAUGCCCCGGGAGGGCUCCACAGAGAGUGAGAGCACACAGGAAGACCUGGAGGAGGAGGAUGAGGAAGAGGAUGGGGAGGAAGAGGAGGAUUGCAUCCAGGUCAAGGACGAAGAGGGCGAGAGUGGUGCUGAGGAGGGGCCUGACUUGGAGGAGCCUGGUGCUGGUUACAAAAAACUGUUCUCAGAUGCCCAGCCGCUGCAGCCUCUGCAGGUGUACCAGGCGCCCCUCAGCCUGGCCACUGUGCCCCACCAGGCCCUGGGCCGCACCCAGUCCUCCCCUGCUGCCCCUGGGGGCAUGAAGAGCCCCCCAGACCAGCCCGUCAAGCACCUCUUCACCACAGGUGUGGUCUACGACACGUUCAUGCUAAAGCACCAGUGCAUGUGCGGGAACACACACGUGCACCCUGAGCAUGCUGGCCGGAUCCAGAGCAUCUGGUCCCGGCUGCAGGAGACAGGCCUGCUUAGCAAGUGCGAGCGGAUCCGAGGUCGCAAAGCCACGCUAGAUGAGAUCCAGACAGUGCACUCUGAAUACCACACCCUGCUCUAUGGGACCAGCCCCCUCAACCGGCAGAAGCUAGACAGCAAGAAGUUGCUCGGCCCCAUCAGCCAGAAGAUGUAUGCUGUGCUGCCUUGUGGGGGCAUCGGGGUGGACAGUGACACCGUGUGGAAUGAGAUGCACUCCUCCAGUGCUGUGCGCAUGGCAGUGGGCUGCCUGCUGGAGCUGGCCUUCAAGGUGGCUGCAGGAGAGCUCAAGAAUGGAUUUGCCAUCAUCCGGCCCCCAGGACACCACGCCGAGGAAUCCACAGCCAUGGGAUUCUGCUUCUUCAACUCUGUAGCCAUCACUGCAAAACUCCUACAGCAGAAGUUGAACGUGGGCAAGGUCCUCAUCGUGGACUGGGACAUUCACCAUGGCAAUGGCACCCAGCAGGCGUUCUACAACGACCCCUCUGUGCUCUACAUCUCUCUGCAUCGCUAUGACAACGGGAACUUCUUUCCAGGCUCUGGGGCUCCUGAAGAGGUUGGUGGAGGGCCAGGCGUGGGGUACAAUGUGAACGUGGCAUGGAUAGGAGGUGUGGACCCCCCCAUUGGAGACGUGGAGUACCUUACAGCCUUCAGGACAGUGGUGAUGCCCAUUGCCCACGAGUUCUCACCUGACGUGGUCCUAGUCUCUGCCGGGUUUGAUGCUGUUGAAGGACAUCUGUCUCCUCUGGGUGGCUACUCUGUCACCGCCAGAUGUUUUGGCCACUUGACCAGGCAGCUGAUGACCCUGGCAGGGGGCCGGGUGGUGCUGGCCCUGGAGGGAGGCCAUGACUUGACCGCCAUCUGUGAUGCCUCUGAGGCUUGUGUCUCGGCUCUGCUGAGUGUAGAGCUGCAGCCCUUGGACGAGGCAGUCUUGCAGCAAAAGCCCAACAUCAACGCAGUGGCCACGCUAGAGAAAGUCAUCGAGAUCCAGAGCAAACACUGGAGCUGUGUGCAGAAGUUUGCCGCUGGUCUGGGCCGUUCCCUGCGAGAGGCCCAAGCAGGUGAGACCGAGGAGGCCGAGACUGUGAGCGCCAUGGCCUUGCUGUCGGUGGGGGCCGAGCAGGCCCAGGCUGCAGCAGCCCGGGAGCACAGCCCCAGGCCGGCAGAGGAGCCCAUGGAGCAGGAGCCUGCCCUGUGACGCCCCGGCCCCCAUCCCUCUGGGCUUCACCAUUGUGAUUUUGUUUAUUUUUUCUAUUAAAAACAAAAAGUCACACAUUCAA